GUGGCCCGGCCGAGGGAGGAAUUUCAGGGGGAGGGGGCAGGGCCAGGGGGCACCGAGAAAAGGGAGGGCAGGGGCGGUGGGCAAACUUUGCCCGCUGACCAUCAGGAAAUACCAUGCAAAUGAGAUGCAAAUGAGCGAGGGGGCGGGACAUUCUUUCCGAGCUAGCUCAGGUCUCGAGAGUUCGGAGCCUGGGGCCGGAGCUUUGGGCACCCGACCGCCCAGAUCUUGAAGCCCGCGUAUUCUGGGUUUCCUUCAUUCCUCGCUUUGGCCCCCCACCUCCACCCCAUUCCUGAGACAGGAAGCUGGCCGAAUUCCCAGGAGGCUGGAGGCCUGUGCUAGGGAGAGGAGAGGAGAGGGCGGGAAAGAGGGGGAGAGGCUCCGGCCUGGCCCCCUGGGCUCUGGAGCCAAGCCGGGUGAAGAGUCGGAGGGACCCCUUGAAGGUGGGGAGAGGGCUUGGGGCAGAGGUGCUGGGAGCUCCGCGGAGUGGUGGGAAGAGGUUCUACUGGAGGAGUGGAGGGGCUCCCUCUCCUGUCGGGGCCUGAGAGGGUACACCUGGAAGAGCUUGGGGCCAAAAGACCGUCCCCCACGGCAUCCCCUCCCACCAAUCCCCUUGGCGCGAUGGGAUCUCCGGGUACCCCACUUUCCUUCUUCCCCCAAAAGGAUUCAGGUGUCCGGGGCUCCCGCUUUCAAAGUGCGAGACUCCGGUGGAGUGGGGAGGAGCGGGUGGCAGGGAGGUGAAAAGGAGGGGAGGUGGUUCCCAGGCUCUCCCCGCCGCCCCCGCCCCCGCCUAUGGAGGGAGGGGCCAGGAAGUCCCACGGGGCACAGAAUGUUCUGGACAGCCUGGCUAGCCAGGACACCGUGUCCCCACUUCUUCCUUUUGCCCCACGUUAUUCACGCACUCGCUGGGAUCUGGAUCCCUGGCAGGGAGAACAGGUCUAGGGCAGGCCAGAGCCCGGAGAUCUGUUCCCGCUGACGACAUGGAUCUGCCGCGGGCACAGCCCAACUCUGAGGAUCGAGGCACUCCCCGGUCUCCCCACCCCCACAAGCUAGACCCCUAAGAAGGGCCACCCUCCGGCAGAUGGGGAGGAUGUGACCGGAUUGGAUCCCUGAACUGACCCUAUGGCAUAGAUCCUGGGAAUUGAGUCUGACUCUGGCCCCACCCCCACUCCCCAUCCUCUUGGCCCUCCCCGCUUCCUGGAGCCUGGCUGUGCCCCCUCCCGCCCAUCCAGGCAGGGGUGGACCUCUAGCAUCUGACACAAGCCAGGCCCACCCUCCCCCCUUCUCUCCCAGCCCCCGCCCAAGGGAAGCAGCCGCCUCCAUCCUGCGGCUUCCAGGAAGCCCCAGGCCCGGUCAUUUCAUUGUUCCUGGCUCCCCCGCCCAGCCGGACACCCAGUGUCCACCCAUAUAUCCCAGCCUGGGUGGCCUUUGGCCCCCUGGGGAAACAUGAAGUCCAGCAGCCCAGUGGAGAGGUUACUCCGAGCCUUGGGGCGAAGGGACAGCACCCGGGCUGCCUGCAGGCCUGGGAAGGCUGAGCCCCACAGCUUCAGGGAGAAGGUUUUCCGGAAGAAGCCGCCAGCCUGUACCGCCUGUAAGGUGACCAUCGAUGGCAGCGGCCUGGUGUGCCGAGUUUGCAAAUCAGCGGCACAUCGGAAAUGUGAGGCCAAGGUGACCACGACGUGUCAGGCUCUGCCCCCUGUGGAGCUGCGGAGGAACACGGCGCCUGUGAGACGCAUCGAACAUCUGGGAUCCACCAAGUCCUUGAACCAUUCCAAGCAGCGCAGCACCUUGCCCAGCAGGAGUUUCAGCCUGGACCCGCUCAUGGAGCGACGCUGGGACCUGGAUCUGACCUAUGUGACGGAGCGCAUCCUGGCGGCCGCCUUCCCAGGGAGGUUCGAGGAGCAGCGGCACCGGGGCCACAUCCGGGAGCUGGCCCACGUGCUGCAGUCCAAGCACCGGGACAAUUACCUGCUCUUCAAUCUGUCAGAGAAACGGCAUGACCUGAACCGACUGAACCCCAAGGUCCAGGACUUCGGCUGGCCUGACUUGCACGCACCGCCUCUGGACAAGCUCUGUUCCAUCUGCAAGGCCAUGGAGACCUGGCUGAGCUCGAGCCCCCAGCACGUGGUGGUGCUCUACUGUAAGGGAAACAAGGCCAAGCUCGGGGUCAUCGUGGCUGCCUACAUGCACUACAGCAAGAUCUCGGCCAGUGAGGACCAGGCUCUGGCCACGCUCACCAUGCGCAAGUUCUGUGAAGACAAAGUGGCCUCCGAGUUCCAGCCCUCGCAGCGCCGGUACAUCAGCUACUUCAGCGGCCUCCUGUCUGGCUCCAUCAGGAUGAAUAGCAGCCCCCUGUUCCUCCACCACGUGCUCAUGCCCGUCCUGCCCGCCUUUGAGCCGGGCAUCGGAUACCAGCCAUUCCUCAAGAUCUAUCAGUCCAUGCAGCUAGUCUACACAUCUGGGAUCUACCACAUCUCGAACCCAGGGCCCCAGCAGCUUUGCAUCAGCCUGGAGCCCGCACUUCUCCUCAAAGGAGACGUCCUGGUGACGUGCUAUCAUAAGGGGGGCCGGGAGUCCGAGCGCACCCUUGUAUUCCGGGUGCAAUUCCACACGUGCACCAUUCAUGGACCCCACCUCACCUUCUCCAAGGACCAGCUGGAUGAGGCCUGCACUGACGAGAGAUUUCCCUUCCAAGCCUCCGUGGAAUUUGUCUUCUCCUCCGGCCCGGAGAAAAUAAAAGGUCGCGAACCCCCACGAAAUGACGCGUCUGUCUCCGUUGACUACAACACCACAGACGCGGCCAUCCGCUGGGACUCCUAUGAGAACUUCAACCAACACCACGAGGACAGCCGGGACGGUAGGAGGGUCAGGAGGAGAACAAGGCCUGGAUGAUGGAUGGGCCGGAAGGCAGCAGGGAUGGGUCGGGGUCCUUCCUGGCUCUCGGGACCCCCUUUCCUGUUCUCUCCCUUUCUUCUCCUGUUGAUUUCUCUUGGCUCUUCCUUCUAGGACUGGUGGCUCUUUUUUCUUUUUGUAUAAAAAAAUAUACCAAAUAAAAUGGUACAUUUCCAUAUACAUA